UUGAUGGUAGGCAUCAUAGGCGAUAGUUUCAUUAAUUUAUUAUAAUAGAAUAUUUUUUUCGCAGUGUCUUAUACGGGUUUUCAAGAGAACGUUUAUUUUUUCCCGUUUAUUUGUGCAUUCAUGUUAACGAUGAAAGUGUGGAGAAUUCAAUUGCAGGUGUUGCUAUGCGUUGUGGUCUUAUCCGUCUGUAGGCCGAUCACGACGGCCAACGUUCUGUCCACAGUGGCAACGGCGGGUAAGAGUCAUUGGACGUACGUUAGGGCCGUAUUGCGCGCGCUGACCGACGGCGGUCAUAACGUGACCGUGUUCACGCCGUUUGUGGACGGUGACCGCGAGAAUUACACAGAAAUUGACGUGACCCCAUUUCUGGGUAAACCUGUAGUGGUCGAUGUUGACGCCAUGACAAUGUUGAACAAUUUUGACGGCCUUUCCAAGUCGGUCAGAUCCAUUGUGAAUUUUACCAAGACUAACUGCAAGGCCGUCCAUCGACAUCCAAAAUGGAAAGACUUUGCCACCGGACGACACCAGUUCGACGUGGUCAUAUCCGAAGUGUACGGUUCCCAGUGCGCAGCUUAUUAUGCACGUUUACUGAACGUACCGCUCAUAUUCAUGAGUCCCACACCGCUCUUCACCGACUUGGAACCGUCGAUUUAUGGAACCGCAUCCAACCCGGCGGUCGUCUCCCAUCUGCUCACUUCUUUCGGCGGCUUCCCUAAAUCAUUUCAGGAACGGUUUUUCAAUGUGCUCACAUACGUGCAUUCGGCGGUCCUCCGCUGGUACGUGGAUCGCACAUUCGACCCGCAGCCUUAUGAACUGGUUAAACCGAUCGUCCCGUCUUUGGUUUUCCUGAAUACGCACUUUAUCACCGAACCCGCUCGGCUUUUGCCCCCUAAUGCCGUGCAGAUCGGUGGCAUCCAUUUGACCCGACCGCGACCCAUACCGUCGGAUAUACUGGAGUUUAUUGAAAAUUCGGCUAGCGGAGUAAUUGUUUUCACGUUGGGUUCGAUAAUAUCGGUUUCGACGCUGCCCGAACGCAUCCAACGGAUUAUCAUUGAAGUGCUUGGUCAAUUGCCCCAAAGAGUUUUGAUGAAGUAUGAGGGCAAUAUGAACGGCAAACCGGGAAACGUGAUGACGGUCAAGUGGCUGCCACAACGGGAUAUUUUAGUGCAUCCCAAAGUAAAGCUGUUCAUAAGUCACGGAGGAAUAUCCGGACUCUACGAGGUCGUGGACGCCGGAGUUCCCGUGUUGGGUUUCCCUUUGUUUUUUGAUCAACCGAAGAACAUAGCCAACCUGGUGGACGCCGGCAUGGCCUUAUCUUUGGAUCUUUUGACGAUGACGGAAAGCGAGUUUUUAAACACCGUUACACAACUGAUCAAUAACGAUACGUAUUCGAGCAACGCUAAAGCGGCCUCGGACCGUUUCAAGGACCGUCCGAUGUCACCGGCAGAGUCAGUAGUGUAUUGGACCGAAUACGUUCUUAGACACAAAGGAGCGCCACACUUGAAAUCCAAAGCGCUCGAUCUCACCUGGUACCAGUGCAUGUUAUUGGACGUUAUCGGCGCGAUAGUUGCAGCACUUUUGCUUAUUUCGUACUUGGCCUUUCGCCAAUUAAAAAAAGUAUACAAAUAUUUUUAUGGUCCUAUAGCCAAAGUUCAUCGAGAAUAGCGCAACCCAGAUGAUGUACAAAUUGAAUACACGAUAAAAUUAUUAGAAUAUUAACCUACUAAACGUAUCCGAAAAAACCUCAAGCACAAAAUGGUCAUAAAUAUUUAUGUUCAUAUUUGUACAAAUAAAAUUAACUGAUUGGAUUACAAUAUGAUAUCAGUGGGUACUUGACUUUUACAACUUAUGUAUUCGCAAUAAUUAAAUACAGUCACACACACAUGUUUAAUUUAAAAUAAAAGUAUACCUGUAGUAUAUUUUCAAAAAAAAAUAUCAUUAAAUAAAAAGGCCGUUGUUUGAAAAAAGCACUUAUGAGUAUUGUACAUUUUUUAAAAUAAACAAUUAUUUAUAGCCAGUAAUAAAUUGACUUAGUAGUAUCAGUUGGCGUAUACGUUUUCUCUUUCCGUUUAAUUUUUCUGAGAUAGGAAGUGACUCAAUCUUAUAUAACCAUUUGUACUGCAUUCGUCGAUGUGAGAUUCGUCAAAAUCGGCCGGGUACUUAACAAGAACAAUACUUAAGUUUCAUUAAUCACGUGAUAAAACACAACUCAAUGUUCUACCAACCAUAAUAUUAUAGUAUUACAACAUAUAGUUUAGCUUAAGCCAUAACCGAAUAAUACA